AUGUCUUAUGAUCUCAAUAUACCGUGGCCCUGUAACAACUACAGCACAGCACCAACUGCACAACAAUGGACAGACUUGAAAAAUACAAUCAUAACCAACUUGGAGCUAGGCAUAACUCAUCAAGCGAUAAAUUUCACCAUUGACGAAUCAGUGAAAAUUCCCUUCAAUACACCUGAUCGAAUCAAUCCAAUCAAUAUAAGUGCCCUAAAUGACGAAUUAAAACCAAACUUCCCCACUUUGAACCUAUUCACACGAGUCACUUUAAUCGUCAAUGAUUCAUCAAAGUUGCAAGGUGUAGCGAAAUUGCAAAACCACUUUGAUUUAUUUGCAAUACAACCCGCCAACGAAAAAGCCUUACAAUCAACAAUACUAAACAUUGAAUGUGAUUUAAUAAGUUUGAAUUUAGCUAAUAAGCUACCGUUUUUCUUAAAGUUCAAAGCAAUUGGUACUGGUGUUUCCAAAGGUAUCAAAUUUGAAAUUAAUUAUAGUCAAUUGGUUAGUGGUACUCUGGGAUAUUCGUCCGAUGUUAGUGGUAACUUGAUCAAGAAAAAUUGGUUUAAUAAUGUCUUGCAAUUGAUUAGAAGUUCGCGAUCUAGAGGAUUGGUGGUAUCUAGUGGUGCACAAAAUCCACUUCAACUACGCAAUAGUAAUGACAUUUUAAUAUUGUUAAAGACUCUUGGGUUGAAUUCCAGUAAAGCCAAGAGCUGUAUCACGAUAAACCCCGAAAAGGCUUUAGUCAAUGCAAGAUUAAGAAUAAAAUCUUAUAAACAAGUCAUUAGCAUUGGGGAUAGGGACUUGAUAGACAACAAGGAUGAAAAUAGUGCAAAGAAACAUGAUGCUAGUGGAUAUAAACGGAAGCACGAUGAGACUGCUUCAGGCCUGUUAUUGAAAAAGUACAAGAGAGAUGCAUAA